AUGAAGCAACGGGAGAUGAUGGCACGUCAAACCGCGUCAUCGGCUCCGAAGAUCACCGCUCCAAUUGUGCUGUCACGACGCAACACUGCACCUGCUCAAGCACGCAUUGGACACAAACCAGCCAUAGCUCCAGCUCGGAGCUCAUGGCCUGCUCCUACUUGCAUGGCGACUGGCGUCGAACGAUGGGGAUCAUCGACGCGAUCGCUCGAUGAGGGCUCGGCAAGGCUGGAGCCUGCAGGCCAAGGCCAGGACGUGUCGCAGAUCGUCGAGCGGCGGCAGCCCCAGCAUCUCCAAACUUGCACGUUCACGCACACGCUCGUCGCGACGUUAUGGAAUGUACUCUGA